UCCUGUUCUUUCCAAAAUGGCAGGAUAAGUCGCUGGGUUUGUUUCGUUACUUUUUCUCGUGCUGCCGGUGCUUUGUCGAAAACCUCCAGAAACACAGAAGUUAAGGCGGGAGCCGGGAGUUCAGAGCCAUGCCGCGGACGAAGGCCGAGGUUGAGCGCUACAUCGCCGCGGUAUACAGUGGCUCUCCUUCCCUGAAGGAGAAACCAGUCAAAGGCUUCCUGUUUGCAAAACUUUACUAUGAAGCCGGUGAAUAUGAGCUUGCAAAGAAACACGUGUCAGCGUAUUUGACAGUGCAUGAGAGGGACCCGAAAGCACACAAGUUCCUUGGACAGCUCUAUGAGAGAGAGGGGGACAUCAACAAGGCGGUGGGCUGCUAUAAGCGCUCUGUGGACCUGAAUCCUGCCCAAAGAGACCUGGUUCUGAAGGUGGCUGAACUGCUGUGUGGCUUGCUGGAAAGGGAUGGCAGGGCAGAGUUCUGGGUGGAGAAGGCAGCAAAACUGCAUCCGGGCAGCCCUGCCAUCUACAAUCUGAAGGAGAAACUGUUCAGUUCUCAAGGGCAGCAAGGAUGGAACCAGCUUUUUGACCUGCUGCAGUCAGAGCUGCAGAUGCGUCCUGACAAUGCUCAUGUCAACGUGAAGUUGGUGCAGCUGUAUCGCGAUGCUGGGCGUUUGGAAGAGGCGGUGGACCAUUGCCUAGCUAUGGAGAAGAAAGGACUCCUUCGCUGCAGUAUGGAAUGGUACUCCACUGUGGUCCAAACCUUCCAGGAAUACUUGGCCCAGCCCAGUGUGCUGUCCAAUGACAAGUUGUCCCCCAAGCUGAAGCGAGAGCUGCUUCUGGCCCAGUGCAGUGUACUGAGGCUCACGCUGUCUAACGGAGGAGUGCAGCAAAGUGUAGAGGCUCUACGGAGAUUUGACGGUGCCCUCCAGUCAAUGAAGAGGGAAUUGGGAUGCACUACAGAUGAGCUGCUGGAGGCCAUUUCAGAGCUGCGGGGUCACCUGUACCUGCACGCUGGAACGCUGCUGCUGAAGAUGGCGCUUGAAAAAGUAGUACAGUGGAGGGAUGUGAUGGAUCUGGCUGCCCUCUGCUACUUGAUAGCCUACCAGGUUCCAAAGCCGAAGGCUAAACCCUUCAAAGGAGAUAAGGCUGCACACCAGCUGUUGGAUCUCCUGGCAUACGAUCGCAAGAGCCAGUCAGGCCACAUGCUGCUCAACCUGAGCUGGGACAGUGAACACUUUCUGAAGGAUAUUGUGGAGAAACUUGGCAACCCAGUUGGGCAGGAGACCCUGGUGGAGGAACUCUUUGGACCCCAGUUGACCACUAGCCCUUCCUUCAUCAGCAGUGAUGACAUCCGGAGCUUGGGCACCCAGGCUCCAGAGCUGGAUGAUCUAGCAAAGUGGGACAGCGGUGCAAUCAUGCUAUAUGCGGGGAACUUGCAGCACCUGGUCUGGCUCAGCCUGCAGUGGACACUCUUGGGCAACAGACCUGCCUUUAAGGACUGGCUGAAGAAGCUGUUCCCCCGACUCCCCCUGGAGACCACAAAGCUGGACACGAGUGCUCCCGAGUCAAUCUGCCUUCUUGAUCUUGAGGUAUUCUUGUGUGGUGUUGCAUUUACCAGUCAAACUCAGCUGCAGGAAGCAUCCAGUAUUGCAGGCAGCUCCAGACUGCAAGAGCCCAGGUGUUUGCCCUUACAAAUCAUUAAGCUGCUGUCCACAGAGAGACAGAGGGAGUGGUGGGAUGCAAUCUACAGCCUGAUCUACAAAAAAGCAGCGCCAGGGACAUCCGCAAAAUUGCGGAUGACAGUCCAGCAUAGCUUGGGCACCCUCAGAGGAGGAGAGAAGCAUGGUCUGCAGGCAGCAUUGAUCGUACACUGGGCACAACACCUCACCGAAAUGAGUGAUAGGCUGAGCUCCUAUUCUGAAAAGAAAGACUACAUCAGUCGCAGCGCGCACUACUGGAACGUUGCUCUGCCCCUCCUUGAGAAAAUUAAGAAAAGUCGGAGUAUUCCUGCACCCCUUGACCCCUUAUUCAUGCACUUUCGUACGAAAGAACUAGAGAUACCAGCUGUUGGAGCCUUGGAAGAAGAGGCAAAAAUAACUUUUGCAACACUGAAGGAUAUUGAAGGCAGCACAGAAGAGGCAAUUGCUAUACUUGAGACCCUUGACAGUGUUUCAUCUAACUGGCAUCUUGCACAGAUAUUUCACAGGCUUUCUGAAGAAGUUAGCAGCGGCUUGGAAGAAACUGAAGAUCGGUGUUUCACAUUUCGUCAGAGGUUACGGAAACACUUAACCAAGGUCUAUAGGGCCAAUGCUGCUGACAUCGAGAAGCUGCCGGUAUCGAUGGAAGAGGUUAUCGAUCUGCUGAAUGAGGUCAACCAGCUGCUUGGGGACAGAGGAGAAAGCUUGGAAGAGGCUAAUGAUGGUCAGCCUGCAGCCUUCGGCCCUGGUUCACACAUCAAAUUUUCCACCUCAUCGCCAGUCAAAGGUGUUCUUUCACCUUCCAAAAAACCCAUGUUCUCACCUAGAACACCCCCAUACUGGGCUGAGGACCAGAAGUCUGUACUACAGAUGUUAUGCCAAAAAAUUGAGGCCCUUAAAGAUGAGGUUCACCACUUAAGGCAUAAUUCAUCUGGGUCCUUGGCACCAGCUCACCACAAUGUAUAUGGUGAAGGAUAUGCCGCGGAAGCACAUCAGGAGCCGUUUCCACCAGCUCAGAGCUUUCAUGGUGCUCCGCUUACAGUGGCUACAACUGGUCCCUCUGUGUAUUACAGUCAAUCUCCUACUUACAACUCACAGUAUCUUCCUCGCACAACUGCAAAUGUAACCCCAACAAAGGCCUCAGUUUAUGGGAUCAGUCGUCUUCCCCCACCACAGCACAUCUACACUUACCAGCAGCCAGUGCAUACACCACCCCUCCAGACCACACCGGCAGUCAUGUAUCCCCAAGAUCAGGUGUAUGGUGCUCCACUGCGUUUUGACCCUCCUGCAGCCAACAUGCUCUCACCAUAUAGUGAGGAUUAUUACACACAUCCUGUUCCUCAGCCCCCUGCUGCCCCUCAUCUGCCUGAGCCUGGUUACUUUACCAAACCUUCCUCUGUUUCUGUGCAGCCACCAAAAUCUGGUGAGGGGAAGCCUGUUGACUUUGGAAAGAUUAGUUUUGGCCACCAAAGCCCGGUUGAGCAUCCCAAGGUUCCUAGCUUUGGAACUGGAGCGCUUGCCCAGUCCACACCAGCGGCUGGUUUCAAGUUUAAUUCAAAUUUCAAAUGCAAUGAUGGGGAUUUCACUUUCUCUUCUGCUCAGGUGAAAAAUAGUGAGACCUUGCUAGGCCUUCUGACAUCUGAUAUUCCAGUGAGAGCUGAAGGAUUUCUGGGAGAAAAGCCUCCAGCUCAAGAUAAGACACCUGGUCAAGGUGGAAUCUUUAAUUUUGGUGGCCAAAGUUCAUCUGGGUUUAUGUUGUCCGACAUCUCACAGAGUGAAUACAAACCGAACAUGACUGGCAGUAACGAACAGCCGUUUACUUUUUCAAACAUCAGCAAGCCAGUUUUUCAGACUGUGGACACAGGAAGUGCUGAUAAAGGUGUGGAAAGUGAUGACAGCACUCGUGUUGAGGAAGAUGAAGAUGGCCCUCACUUUGAGCCAAUUGUUCCACUGCCUGACAAAGUGGAUGUGAGAACUGGAGAAGAGGAGGAGGAGGAAAUAUUCUGUAGCAGGGCCAAGCUUUUCCGGUUUGAAGGUGAAAGCAAGGAGUGGAAAGAACGAGGCAUCGGGAGUGUUAAAAUUCUGAGACACAAGAUGUCAGGCAAAGUUCGCUUGUUGAUGAGGAGGGACCAAGUAUUGAAAAUCUGUGCCAAUCAUUAUAUUACUGCAGAUAUGGAGCUCAGACCUAAUGCUGGCUCUGAUAAAUCUUGGGUUUGGCAUGCUAUUGAUUAUGCAGAUGAAAUGCCAAAGUCGGAACAGCUGGCCAUUCGUUUUAAAACGGCUGAUGAAGCAGCCCUUUUCAAGACCAAGUUUGAUCAGGCCAAGAAAGAAGUGUCUAAAUCUCCCCACAGGCAAGACCAACAAAAAGAGGAAGUUGCUUCUCCAAAAAGUACAGUCUCUCAGACUGUGAACAAGAAGGACAUAACAUUUGGGGCCCAAUUUGCAAAAAAAGAUGGCGAAUGGGACUGCAGUGUGUGCUCCGUAAGAAAUCCUCCUACAGCUGUGUUGUGUCUUGCCUGUCAGAAUGCCAACCCAAAUGCAAAAACAAAGUCAGAAAGUAAAUCAGUUGAAUCCAAAGGAUUUGUAGUUCCAGCACCUGCAAUGGGUGAUUUUACAUUUCAGUUUGGUAAGGAUGUUCAGAAAUCCCCAAGCUCAGCUCCCAGUUCACAGGCAUUUGCAUCAUUCGGACAAAUACCUACGCCUUUCAAAUUUGGAACCGACAGCACUCCAAAACCCUCAGGCUUUGGCACUCAGUUUGCUAAGAAGCCCGGUCAGUGGGAUUGUACUGUGUGUGAAGUAAGAAAUGAGGCCACUGCAACCCACUGUGCCUCCUGUCAGAAUCCUAAUCCUUCAUGUAAACCUUCAACCAGUGCUGUGGAUAAAGCAAAAUCAGCAACUAGUUCAUCUAAUGGUAGCUUUGGUGCUCAGUUUGCUAAGAAGGAAGGGCAGUGGGACUGCGAUGUGUGCUUAGUUAGGAACGAUGCAUCAGCUGUACAGUGCGUCUCGUGCCAGUCUCCUCGUAAAAUCCAAAUGCCCUCACAAAGUGAAUUGGAAGCUAAGUUUGGAAAGAAAGAUGGACAAUGGGAUUGUGAUUCCUGCCUUGUUAGAAAUGAAUCCACAUCAAGCCACUGCGUUUCAUGUCGAAAUCCUAAUAUAAAAGGGAAAAGCAAAGCUGCGCCAGUAAGCUCUCUCUUUACCUUUGGCCUUAAUGGUAAAAGCACAUCAAAGCAGCCACCUAGCGUGACCACUAACAGUAUGUUUAAAUUUGGCCAAAGUGAUGAAAAGGGUUCCUCGACAGCCUUUAAAUUUGAAGCUCCUUUAUCUCAGCCCUCCUCCAGCAGUAGCUUUUCUUUUUCAAUUCCAAUACCUGCAGGUGGGUUUAAAUUCGGGAUUCCUACACCUGCAGAAGAAAAUCUUCCAAUUAAGAGUCAGAAACCUGAAGACAAAGAAAAGGAGACAAAAGCAGAUACUGGUACCAUUACACCAUCUGUGCCAUGUGGGGAUAAGACUGAGCAAGAUGAAACUCCAGGUUUUCUCAGCAAACCUAACAUGUUUAGUUUUGCUGAUUUGGCCAAAUCCUCUGGGGAGUUCCAGUUUGGACAAAAAGACCCUGAUUUUAAAGGUUUCUCCCGAGCAGGAGAGCAAGUCUUUGCUUUGAGUCAGCCAACGGAAAAGGGAAAUGCCUCCGGUGAUCUGGAUGAGGAAGAUUUGUACAGAACUGAUGAGAUUGAUGACAUUCAAUUUGAACCUGUGGUCCAAAUGCCUGAGAAAGUAGAUCUUGUCACAGGUGAGGAGGACGAGGAGGUUCUGUACUGUCAGCGAGUUAAGCUCUUCAGAUUUGAUGCUGAUACGAGUCAGUGGAAAGAGAGAGGUGUUGGAAAUCUGAAAUUCCUGAAAAACAAAGAAAAUGGAAGACUUAGAGUGCUUAUGAGGAGAGAACAGGUUCUGAAGGUUUGUGCCAACCACUGGAUUACCACCACCAUGAAUCUGAAGCCCCUCUCUGGAUCUGAUAAGGCUUGGAUGUGGCUUGCCAGUGACUUUUCAGAUGGAGAAGCCAAGUUAGAGCAGCUUGCUGCAAAAUUUAAAACGCCAGAGUUGGCGGAAGAGUUCAAGCGGAAAUUUGAAGAGUGUCAAAGGCUUCUUUUGGACAUACCCUUGCAGACGCCUCACAAAUUAGUUGACAGUGGAAGAACUGCUCGUCUCAUUCAGAAAGCAGAGGAGAUGAAGUCUGGCUUAAAAGAUUUAAAGUCAUUCUUGACUGAUGAGAAAACAAAGAUGGUUGAAGAUGAAAGUCAAGUUAGUAGUACAACUGUUAGCAUAUCAAAUGUGACAAGUUAUUCCCAUGCAGAAAGCACUGUACCCACACUGGAGUGGGAUAACUAUGAUUUGCAAAAACAACCCCUUUAUGACACUUCAGACACAUCUGUAUUUGCUUCUUCUCCAGCUAGUAAACCUGUUCAGAGAAAUUUGUUCCGUUUUGGAGAGUCAACUUCUGGAUUCAGUUUUAGUUUUCAGCCUGUUCUCAGCCCAUCUAAAUCCCCAUCAAAACUUAACCAGAGCAGAGUAUCUGUUGGCACAGAUGAAGAGUCAGAAACAACUCAAGAAGAAGAAAGAGAUGGCCAGUACUUUGAACCUGUUGUGCCCUUACCUGAUCUAGUGGAGAUAUCAACUGGUGAGGAAAAUGAGCAGGUUGUGUUCUGCCACAGAGCAAAACUGUACCGCUAUGAUAAAGAUACCAAUCAGUGGAAGGAAAGAGGUAUUGGGGACGUAAAAAUCCUCCAGCACUAUGACACCAAGCGUGUAAGACUUGUAAUGAGACGAGACCAAGUGCUUAAACUCUGUGCAAAUCACUGGGUUAUCUCCAGUAUGAAGUUAGAACCCAUGAAAGGUGCUGAGAAGGCAUGGGUCUGGAGUGCCUUUGACUUUGCAGAAGGCGAGGGGAGAGUUGAGCACUUAGCAAUCCGCUUCAAAGCACAAGAGGUUGCCAAUUCGUUUAAAGAUGCCUUUGAUGAGGCUAAGAAUGCACAAAAUAACAAGAUUCUCAGCACUCCAAUUUCAUCUAAAGAGACCUCGCCACACGAGACACUUGCUGAGAAGUCCAUCACGGUGACAUUGAAGGAGACUCCCAAAGAAAUCCCUGAGGUGAGCCUGCAGGGUUCCUGCACCCCAGACAGCAUGACAGUUUCUGGCCCAGCACACAGUUCAAGCCCUUCAAAACCUGUAUUUUUGUCACCAAAAUUUGUCUUUGGCUCUGGCUUGGUGCAAAAAAUCUUUGAAAGUCCAGAAUCUUCUACAGAGAACAUUUCUAGCAGGACAAACCAAAAAGACAAUACCUCCAUUAUCUCAAGUUUCAAGGCUUCUGUUAGUAAGUCAGGGAGUCACCAUUCUACCGUGACAUCAACUUCAACCAUGCCUGUGUUCAAAGUUCCAGAGAGAGCACCUGAAGCUGCCAGCUCUGUGAUCAUGGAGAAGGGAGCCUCUGUGCUCUCGGUAGAAGAGGCUCGAGAGCAGUCUGACACAGAGGAUGUUCAGGUCACAUUUGAGAAAAAGCCCACACCACAGCAAGCUGAACUGGCCCGGAAGUUAAAGCUACCACUCACCUUCUUCUGCUACCAGAAUGAGCCGGGCUACAGCAGUGACAGUGAGGAUGACGAAGACUUUCAGACUGCUGUCAGAAAACUAAAUGGCAAGCUGUAUCAAGAUCAACCUCAGAGGGGUGCUGCAGCUCACCAAAUCAUUACUGUAUCACAUGGGUCAGAAGAGACGAGUGCAGUUGCCAGGGGGAAGGUACAAACACCAGAAGAGGAGGAGAAAGCUGGUGCCAGUCAAUAUCCCCUCAGCACCUCAAAGGGCAUGGCUGGGGGCACAGACUUGAAGAAAGACCAGACAAAGGGCUGUGACACUGAGGUCCAAAAGGUGCAAGAGUCCUUGAAGGAUGAUGAAACACCUACUGUAUCCAGCAGCACUGAUACCAAUGUGACAGGAGAUGCAGCUGCCGCCUCCACAAUAGUACCUGUAAUGGAGCCAGAUUCCUCCAGUGAAACUCCCCCAGUCUUUGGCUCGCAGGACAGUCACCCCAUCGACCUCUCCACUAAGAAAAGUUCAGAGGCUGACUCCACCACUCAAGAUACUUUUUCAUUUGGCUUUCAAGCAACCGGCGGAUUUUCAUUUGCAGAUUUGGCUAAGAGUGCAGGAGACUUUGCAUUUGGAAACAAAGAUUCAAACUUCACCUGGGCAAAUGCAGGAGCUGCUGUGUUCAGCACUGCCACUGUGUCCCAGAAUGAAGGAGUGGAAAGGGGCAGUGAUGAUGAUGACGACGAUGAUGAAGAAACCACCAAUGUUGAUGUACAUUUUGAGCCUAUAGUGUCACUGCCAGAGGUUGAGACCAAGUCUGGAGAAGAGGACGAAGAGAUCCUGUUCAAAGAAAGAACCAAGUUGUAUCGCUGGGACCGUGACCUGGGCCAGUGGAAGGAGCGAGGUGUAGGUGACAUCAAGAUCCUCUAUCAUCCCCUCAAGAAGUACUACCGUGUGUUGAUGCGGCGGGAGCAAGUCCUCAAGGUCUGUGCCAACCACACCAUCACCAAGGCCAUGGAGCUCAAACCGAUGAACAUUUCAGCCAAUGCUCUGGUGUGGACUGCUACGGACUACUCAGAGGGAGAGGCAAAAAUUGAGCAGCUGGCAGCCAAGUUCAAGACACUGGAGGUGGCAAAUGCCUUUAAAAGAAAGUUUGAGGAAUGCCAGUGUCUCAUAUCUCAGGCAAGCAGUUCCCAGGUGUCCCGUGUCCUGGAGCUCUCCAGGGAGAGUAAUCCUGUGGUGUACUUCAUCAUCACUGCUGACAACCAGCCCCUGGGAAAGGUCACCAUGGAGCUCUUCGCUAACAUUGUGCCCAAGACAGCAGAAAACUUCAGGGCUUUGUGCACGGGAGAGCAGGGCUUUGGGUUCUUGGGAUCUGUAUUCCAUAGGAUCAUUCCAGGUUUCAUGUGCCAGGGUGGAGAUAUCACAAACCAAGAUGGUACUGGAGGAAAGUCCAUCUACGGGGACAAGUUUGAGGACGAGAACUUUGACGUGAGGCACACGGGGCCAGGUAUCCUGUCCAUGGCGAACCGUGGCCGGGACACCAACAGCUCGCAGUUCUUCAUCACGCUGAAGAAAACCGAGCAUCUCGACUUCAAACAUGUUGCCUUUGGCUUUGUGAAAGAUGGCAUGGAUGUUGUGAAACAGAUGGGAGUGCUUGGUUCAGAGGGUGGAAAGCCAGCUAAAAAGAUUGUUAUUGCUGACUGUGGACAGCUUUAGCUACAUCUUCAUUGUUCCCCUCUGCUUAAUUGUGCAUUUGAGUUAAUUUUCUGUUAAUAUUCACUUCUCUGUAAAAUGAAUUGUUUUUAAUUAGAUGUUUGCAUGUUUUCAAAAGGCUGAACUUUUUUGUAACAUUGUUCACUCAAUAAAGCGCAAUGUUUCUA